AUGACCAAGAACAAGACUCCUUUUUGGUUAUUGUGGGCCUGGGCUCUUCCCCUUAACAUAUAUUUGACUUUGACUUCCCCUACUCUACCACUCCACGAAACUACGUCACCAGCCGCCACGCUACAUAUAUCCCCGCCGCCUCCGCCUCCGCCUCCGCCUCCGCCGUCUCCGGCGGCCCAACUCAGUGCAUCUUAUGAUCAUAAUACUUUGUUGUUUUGCUAUGCACAUGUCCAAAAGGAAAACCUAAACCUAAACCCUAAAUCAAGACACAUGUUUCUGUCCAAAAUCUUGCUAGCACGUGCUCCGAAGCAGCACCGUACACUCCACACGUACGCCCUCCUCUUCAAAUCGUACCAAUCCUCUUUCUCAAUUUCCGCGCGAGACGGCCGUGUCGAGUUAUCCGAGUCGAGUCCCGGACCCACUAGCCCGGCCCGAACCGCCAGCUCGGACAUUUGCUUAGCCUUCUCCGAGAAAGAGAGUCUUCGCCACGUCACCCUAUCUCAUCGCUCGACGGGUGAAAAGCUUUUCCUUCCUCCUCCGAUCUUCGCCGGCCGCUCGAAAACGAUACGCAUGGCUUUAUGGGGAACCGCGAAAGCUCAGUUUUCUUCCGCGGGAAAAUUGCGUAAAGUGGUUCUCUGCUUUCCUCCCGAUCAACACGAAGCCGUGAAGGCGGACGAGUUUCAUAUACUCUCUGUAGGAGAAGGCUCGUGGAGAGUCGUGUCGUUCGAGCCUCGCGUGUCCGAAUCGAGCUCGGUUUUGAUUACCGAAGGUUUCAUGCAUUGGUGCACGAAAAACGACGAGAAGAUGUUGAGCAUGAAUUUGGAGACGGAGGUUUUUACGGAGAGUUUGGGGCCCGAUUACCCUAAUAAUAUUAAUAAUAAUGUGGCAAGAAAGGACUUUCGGAACACUUAUUUGUCGACCGGGAAAUAUUUGACUUUGUUGCGACAAUUUGGGGAGUUUUUGUGGGAGGUUUGGGAGAUGAGUCCCGACACAUUCGCGUGGAGAAAGAUGGGAGAUUUUUCGUUGGAGGGUCACAAGAGACAAUAUUUCGAGUCGAAAAGUUGUGAUGGGAACGUAAAACCGGUUGGGUGGGUUAAGUACUUGGAGGUUUUGGUCCUAAGUACUAAUAUCACGAGCGGUCGAAAUGUUUUGGUGUACAAUCUUGUCACGCAGGAAAUGAAGGAAAUCGAGCUGCCAACGAGGCAACCCCGCGUCCCCACCACCGGCCAUGAACGAUACCCCUUUUCUCGACGACCAGUCCUUCCGCACCCGCAGCCGAUUCCUACGCCGUCCCCCAGCCUCGGCGGUGCCACCCUCUUCCUCCGCCGCGCCAGCAACCGCGGCCAUGCGAUGCGCGAGCCCUCUGUCCGCGUUCGCAAGCCCUAUGGUUUGUGA